AUGGCCACUGUCUUUGAAACACCAAACAGAAAGAGAGUCCAUGAGGAGGUGUCUUUUGAUUCCUCUGUGGGUUCGCCUGCUUUUAAGCACAUCUGUGCAGAGGAGACAGCGAACUCCACGGAGGGGAAUGGAGAUACCUCCAAGUCUUGGGCCGGGUUAUUUGUGACGUCCAACAACAAGAAAAGGGGUCAUGAUGACGUGUCCCCUGACUCGUCCGCGGAGUCACCAUUCCGAAAGCUGCACAUCGCACUUGAGGAGUCUGGUGACUCAUCCGACGGGACAGAGGAGACCUCUCCUUUAGGUUCACCAAAAGAGACCUCUACCCCGGUUCAGGUCCAGACCAAGACCUCUACCCCGGCAGAGGUCUCUCCCAGGCCAGUUCCGGCAGCUUGUUUGGUUUGGGUGUCAGUCACCCUCAUGACGGUGGGGGCUGCCUUCCCGGUAGGUAAGGCGGCUGAAAUAACAAAGAAAUUUGUAUCCUUCAUAGGAAACGGUUUGUGUCGACCGGUAAAUAAAAGUAAAAAUGGAAUCAUCCUUAAAAUCAGACAAGAUCUAAUCAGUAAAGCAAAAAACUUCUCGUUUCAAUCAUAUGACUUUAAGGUAUCCCAAGACCAACCCAAAGUAAAAGGUAUCAUAGAAAUCCCUCCCAACAAAACGUUCAAUGAAAUUAAGGCCUCGCUGGAAAAAAGGAAUAAUGUUGCCAACAUUCAGUUAACGAAAAAUAAACAAGCAAUCGCUGUAACUUUCACAAGCAAGGACCUGCCUCUAAAUGUUAAUGGCAAUCAAGUUAAACCAACCUUAAAGAAAGAAAAUAGGUGUCUCAAUUGCCAAGAAUUUGGUCAUUUUAAAGGAAUUUGUACAAAUCAGACAAAAUGCCCUCACUGUGCUGAUAAUCAUACACACAGUCAGUGUCUAACAAAGAACUUAAAAAAAUGCGCAAACUGCCAGGGAAAACACAGUGCAGCAUAUAAGGGGUGCCCAGCUUACCUCAAGUACACCGAAAAACUAGAAAAACACAAUGCAAUAAUAACAAACGAAUACCAAAACAAAUGUAAGAUAGAAGGCAUAAAACCUGACAUGCCGAAAACACUCAAAGUAACAGAAAACCAGAUCAAGUCUCUUGCUUCACUUCUCGUGGGUAAAACAGAAGCUGAAAUUGAAAAUAUUCUCACUGAAAAACUUGUGGCAGAGUCCAAUUUAAAAACACUUAAGAUCACUCAGAUAAAUGUGGAAAAGAAAAAGCAUUCCCCAUCGCAAACCGCAAAUAAAACUUAUGUACAGACGAACUCUGUCAAAUCAAGAAAGAGUGGUCACUAUAUUAAACAGUCCACAAAACAAGUUCCCUCACAAGCUAGGCCACCAAUAGUCAGGCCUUUCCCGCCCAAUUUUAGGCCCCAAAUGGCGUCGCCACCUAAUUAUUGGCAAAAGACCGGUCCACCAUUCCGAAGACGCCCCCAAUUUCACAUGGCGGGCUCCUUCGGAAUGUGUGCACCUCCUCCCUUUUUAUGGUAUGGCCCUCCCAGAGCUUUCAAUGGAGGCCCUGUGCCCCGCCCCUUCCGACAUGUUUAG